AUGUCAGCUAAUGUCUAUAACGAGGAGUCCGAGGCACAGCCUUCGAUUUAUCGCUCUUAUUUGCGUCUACCUGCGGUCCAACAACGUACAAUCCGAGCAUUAGUAAGAGAUGGAAGUAAAGGUUCGUCCUCUUACUAUACCAUCUUUGAUGAAGAUGCAGUUUUGGGCGCUGAAAUUGUGUAUUCCUCUCAUUCGGUGCUGAAAUCGUCUCCUUUGAUUGCACACCCGAGAGAUUUAGACAGAAAAGUUUGUGUUCAGUACUUGCCAUUGUCAGAGCAAACUUUUUCUACUUUAUUACCCUCUCUAAUUUUAGAUAAGAAUUACAAAGUUGAAAUCUACAAGAUUGAAGAUUCCAAGAAUCACAAUUGGAAAUUGAUCAAAAGUGCAAGUCCUGGCCAUCUAGAGGAGAUUGAAGAUUUGUUAUACCUAAGUUCUAACAACGAGGAGUCAAAUAAUCAGGCCAUUGAAGUUGCCUCAUCCUCGAUUAUAGCAGCAAUAAAGCUGGUUUCCUCAUCCAAAGAAGGCAAAAAGAUUGGUCUUGCUUUCUAUGAUCCAAAUUUGAAAUUCCUGGGAUUGUCAGAGUAUCCAGAUACAGAUCUAUUCUCUAAUACUGAGGCCAUCUUGAUUCAACUAGGUAUCAAAGAGUGUCUUGUUUCUUCAAGCUCAUUGAGCGAAAAAGAUAUAGAGUUUGCAAAAUUAACUCAAACUAUUGAUAGGUGUGAUAUUUUGAUCACUGAGGUCUCAUCAUCUACAUUCAAUGCAAAUAAUUCAGAACAAGAUCUAGUUACAUUAUCAGGGAAUGAACAUAUUUUAGCAACCUCAGAAUUGGCAGCUUUAAAAGCUGCUUUGGCGUCAUCUAAUGCCUUGAUUUUAUAUCUAAGUUUAUUGGCCAGUGAUUCCAUUAGGGGUUCUAUCAACAUUGGGAAAUACGAUCUAGAUAAGUAUAUGAGAUUAGAUGCGGCUGCUGUUAAAGCACUAAACCUAUUCCCUAGUGGAGUUUCCAAUACCAACAUAAACCAACAAGGGAUCAGCAAUGCACCAACCUCAAUAUUUGCUUUGUUAAAUCAGUGCAAAACGGCCGGAGGUUCCCGGCUCCUAUCGCAAUGGAUCAAACAGCCCCUCAUUGAUACAGAGGAAAUCAACGAGCGUCAUAGUUUAGUCGAGUGGUUCGUCAAAGACAGUUGUUUGCUAGGCAGCAUUCGGGGCCAAUUCCUAUCUAAUGUUCCUGAUAUUGCGAGACUAGUCAGAAAAUUGGCAGGGAAAAGAUAUUCUGGGUUAGAUGAAGUUGUUAGACUAUACCAAUUAGUUAAAAGCUUGAAAAAAUGCGAAGAUAUUCUUAAUGAAAGUUUGGAGUCCAAUCCAGAUGUACAUGAGCUUGUCAAAAAAUAUUGGCUCGAUGGUAUUGUGGAGCAUAGCGAAGCAUUGAACAAGUAUGCCGAAAUGAUUGAACAAACGGUCGACUUGGAAAGUUUGGAGAAUGCAACAUCGGCAUCAUCCAUCUCGUCGUUGAUACAAAUCAAUCCAGAAUAUGAUGAGAAGUUAAUGGAAUUACAAAAUGAAAGAGAACGUAUUGAAUCUGAAAUGCACAGGUUACACGAAGACGCCGCAAUUGAUCUGGGGAUGGAGAUUGAUAAAAAAUUAAAGCUGGAACAAAACACUAAUCAUGGUUGGUGCUUUAGGUUGACCAGAAAUGAUUCCGGGGUAUUGCGUGGUAAAUCGAGUUCUGUCAAGAAUAAAAAUGCCACGAAUUCAGAAUUUCAAGAGUUGCAAACAGUGAAAGCAGGGGUUUUCUUCACGAAUGUUGAGCUAAGUGCGUUAUCCAAAGAUUUUGAAAGAGUGAUGGAUUCUUAUUCCAAACAGCAAUCCCAUAUUGUCUCCGAAAUAAGAUCGAUUGCUCUGACAUAUGUCCCUGUUUUUACCAAAUUGUCGGUCAUCCUAGACAUUCUUGAUGUCAUUGCAUCAUUUGCAGUGGUUGCAACUUGUGCACCUAUAGAAUAUACGAGACCAAAAAGAAAUUGGUCAUUAGAUGAUGGUUCGAGAAAAAUGAGAGUUUGGCAAGCAAGGCAUCCGUGCUUGGAAGUCAGUGAUGGUGUUUCUUUUAUCCCAAAUGACUACGUUUUGGGUGGUCCUGACAAUGAAAAGAUUAAAGCCAAAGGAGGAGAAACAUGGGAUUCAGGUAAAGACUUCUUUUUGAUCACUGGUCCAAAUAUGGGUGGUAAAUCUACGUAUAUUCGUACUUUGGGAGUGGUGUGCCUAAUGAAUCAAAUUGGCAGUUUUGUUCCAUGUGAUGAGGAUUCUGAAUUUGCUGUAGUCGAUGCAAUCCAUGCUAGAGUGGGUGCGUCUGAUUCCCAACUAAAGGGAGUCUCCACAUUCAUGGCUGAAAUGCUCGAGAUGUCAUCAAUUAUUGCAUCCUCCCAUAAGGGCAGUUUAGUUAUAGUUGACGAGUUAGGUCGGGGCACAAGCACAUACGACGGGUUUGGACUUGCAUGGUCUAUCAGUGAGCAUUUGGCCAAAAACGUAAAGUCUUGGACACUUUUUGCUACUCACUUCCAUGAGUUGACAGCCCUAGCAAAUGAAUACAAUAAUGUUGGCAACUUGCAUGUUGUCGCACACGUUGAUGAGGGGGCAGCUGCCAAGGAGGACAGAGAGGGAGAGGAUAACGUGACCCUACUGUAUAAGGUGGAACCAGGCAUCAGUGACCAGUCUUUUGGUAUUCAUGUCGCAGAACUUGUAAAGUUCCCACAGAAAAUCAUCACAAUGGCCAAGAGGAAAGCAAGAGAACUCGAUGAUGAUGUUGAAGAAGAACUAACAUCGUCAAAACAUGCCAAGUAUUCGAAGGAAGAAUAUCUCAAGGGUCGUGAGGAGCUUAAAGCUAUUCUCAAAGAAUGGAAAGCUAAAGUUAUCGAAGCAGGUGGUCUUGAAAAAUUAGACUCCAAACAGGCAAUGCAGAUCCUCCAUGACCUUACUACAAAAACGGAGUCACCUGUGAUUCGUGAUUCUAUGAAUUUAUGA